AUUUAGCUUCGCGCCUUCAUCUUCUUUUUCUUCCACAUAAUAUCCACUCUACUCUCUCUUUCUCUCUCUUCUCAUUCGUUUUCCGUUUUUCCCUUAUCCGAUCUCUUCUCCUUUUCAAAACCGUCACUUCUUUCAACCAUAAUAAACCCAAGAAAGUCAAGAACCCUUACUCAACGACGUCGUUUCCACCUUCCUCCCCUAACCUAACUCCGUGAUCUGCAUCUCCAUCUCGUGACCCUCUUUCCAUUUCCCUUUUCAUGCAUCAAACGAAUUAGUCCAAUUUCCGACCUCUCAUCUUCCGUGGCAGAUCCUUCUACAUUCCACAUUACAAAAAUCGUAACCGAUCGUUAAUAACAACAACAAUUUGUUAUUAUUAUUCACCGAGAAAAUGAACGAUGUUGGAAAGAACAAUAAGAAAGUGAAGGUGACCGUGGAAGAACACGACGAGAAACGGAGGGGGAAGAUGACGACGACGGAUUCUUCUUCGUCUACGUCAUCGACGGAGUCGUCUUCUUCCGACGAGAGGGAAUACGAAGUACAGGACCUCCGUGACCGGCUGAAAUCGUCGCGAGGAAGCAGGUUUGACCUCAUAGAGAACGAGUUCGGACUCAACUCGGCUAGGAGGAAGUUCAGUCGUCAAGCGCUCCUCGAUGGAAUCCGAGGCAUCUCCAAGGGCGCUGUCAUCCACCCAGAAAACAGGUGGUAUCGAUUAUGGACAAAGUUCAUAUUGGUAUGGGCAGUGUACUCAUCGUUUUUCACUCCAAUGGAGUUUGGAUUCUUUCGUGGGUUGCCUGAGAAUCUGUUUAUAUUGGAUAUCAUAGGGCAGCUAGCUUUUCUUGUGGACAUAGUUUUGCAGUUCUUUCUUGCUUAUAGAGAUAGUCAGACCUAUCGCAUGGUCUACAAGCGUACCCCUAUUGCUUUGCGGUACCUAAAAACUGACUUCAUCUUUGAUUUUCUUGGAUGUAUGCCUUGGGAUAUCAUAUUCAAGGUUUGUGGACACAGAGAAGAAGUUAGGUACCUCUUGUGGAUCAGAUUAUAUCGGGUGCGGAAAGUCACCGAAUUUUUCCAUAAUUUGGAGAAGGAUAUACGUGUUAAUUACAUCAUUACUCGGAUUGUGAAACUUUUAGUAGUUGAACUCUACUGCACCCACACUGCAGCCUGCAUUUUCUACUAUUUGGCUACUACACUUCCUGAAUCCCAAGAAGAGUACACAUGGAUUGGAAGUUUACAGCUUGGUGGUUAUAGUUAUCAACAUUUCAGAGAAAUUGAUCUUUGGAAGCGCUACACAACAUCCUUGUAUUUUGCUAUCGUUACUAUGGCUACUGUUGGCUAUGGAGAUAUACAUGCAGUAAACUUGAGGGAGAUGAUAUUCAUAAUGGUAUAUGUCUCAUUUGACAUGGUUCUUGGUGCUUAUUUGAUCGGUAACAUGACAGCUUUGAUAGUCAAGGGAUCAAAAACUGAGAAAUUUAGGGACAAGAUGACAGAUCUUAUGAAAUAUAUGAAUAGAAAUAGACUUGGACGGGAUAUCCGUGAACAAAUAAAAGGCCAUCUGCGCUUACAGUUUGAGAGUAGCUAUACCGAGGCUGCUGUCCUUCAGGAAAUUCCCAUUUCUAUUCGCUCUAAGAUAUCUCAAACAUUAUACUUGCCAUGCAUUCAAAUGGUUCCUCUUUUUAAGGGCUGUUCUUCAGAAUUCAUCAAUCAGAUAGUUACCAGGCUCCACGAGGAAUUUUUUCUUCCAGGAGAGGUUAUCAUGGAACAAGGAAAUGUCGUGGAUCAACUAUAUUUUGUCUGUCAUGGUGUGCUGGAGUUAGUAGGCACUGCUGAGGAUGGAACUGAAGAAACUGUUUCACUUCUGGAACCUAACAGUUCAUUUGGAGAGAUAUCCAUUCUUUGCAACAUUCCUCAACCAUAUACUGUUCGUGUCUGCGAACUCUGUAGGCUCCUGCGGCUUGAUAAACAAUCGUUUACAAAUAUCCUUGAUAUAUACUUUUAUGAUGGAAGGAAGAUAUUAAACAACCUUCUUGAGGGAAAAGAGACUUCUCGUGGUAAGCAAUUAGAGUCAGACAUCACAUUUCAUAUUGGAAAGCAAGAAGCUGAACUUGCUUUGAAGGUCAACAGUGCAGCUUUCAAUGGGGAUCUGUAUCAGCUAAAAGGUUUAGUUAGAGCUGGAGCUGAUCCCAACAAGACAGAUUACGAUGGAAGAUCACCUUUGGUGAGGAGCUUGCAACAUUUCAAAUGUCUUGUAUGUUUUGGCAAUGCUUGUCUGACACGUUUUUUCUUCCAACAGCAUCUUGCUGCAUCCAGAGGCUACGAAGACAUCACACUUUUCCUUAUUCAAGAAGGCGUAGACAUCAAUGUUAGCGAUAAUUUUGGGAACACACCCUUACUUGAAGCAGUUAAGAGUGGACAUGAUCGUGUUGCUUCUUUACUUGUUAGAGAAGGAGCCGCCAUGAAGAUAGAAGAUGGCGGUAGUUUUCUAUGCACAGCAGUUGCAAGGGGAGAUUCAGAUUAUCUUAAAAGGCUACUGUCUAAUGGCAUGGAUCCCAACUUGAAAGAUUAUGAUUACCGAAGCCCUUUGCACGUUGCUGCAGCUGAAGGUUUAUACUUCAUGGCAAAGUUGCUAUUAGAAGCUGGAGCCAGUGUUUUUACCAAGGACAGAUGGGGAAAAACCCCACUUGAUGAAGCUCGAAUGAGUGGAAAUAAGAACCUAAUCAAACUACUAGAAGAUGCAAAAUCUGCUCAGUUGUCAGAAUUGCUAUGUCCCGCACAAGAACUUACAGAUAAAAUGCAUCCACAGAAAUGUACUGUGUUCCCUUUCCACCCAUGGGAUCCAAAAGAUCAUACAAAACAUGGCAUUGUAUUAUGGAUUCCACAUACCAUUGAAGAGCUAAUCAAAAUGGCAGCGGAUCAAUUUGAGUUUCCUAGUGAUUCUUGUGUUUUUAUUUUAUCAGAAGAUGCUGGUAAAAUUACUGAUGUGGACAUGAUUAAAGAUGGUCAGAAGCUCUAUUUAGUUCAUCAAACACAUUAGACUUUGAUCCAAUUCAUACCACGACCACAAUUCUUAUAUUAAAGUAACAGCGUGCCCUUUUUUGUAACGUGUUGUAGUUGUUCUCUACCAAUAAGCACGUUCUAUGAUCUUAUAUUGGUUUAUAACAACUAGCAGCACGCUUUCUAUUAUUUUCAAAAUAUUUGCUUAAGUAACUAAAGAAGGGGGAAAAAUAAAACAA